CAGACAGACAGCGUCAUGGGAAAAGGUUUCUACAUCAGUAAGGGCGCAGGAGCUGUGGCCACCAUCAUUGCUCUGUCCGUUGUGUACUCACAGGAAAAGGCUAAGAACAACCCAACCUCACCGACAGACGCACCAGCGACAGACGCACCAGCGACAGACGCACCGACGACAGACACACCCACGGUCACGACUCCGGCUCCUUCCAACGAACCCUGGGACAAGUAUCGACUCCCGAAGAGCCUGGUGCCCGAGCACUACAAUGUCACACUGUGGCCACGACUGACGCCAGAUGAAACAGGGCUCUACGUCUUCACUGGUGACUCCUCUGUCCAGUUCAAUUGUACCGAGGACACCGACCUGAUCCUCAUUCACUCCAACAAGCUGAACUAUUUCAAACAUGCUGGACAUUUGGCUGUGCUCACGUCUGUCAGCCCUGGAGUGGAGGCUCCGGCCAUCAGAUCCUCCUGGCUCCAGCCUGAGACUCAGUACCUGGUCCUGCAGCUGCACAGUAAACUGCUGAAGAACCACAGGUACCAGCUGUGGACCAACUUCACAGGAGAGCUGGCCGAUGAUCUGGGAGGCUUCUACAGGAGUGAAUACAUGGAAGACGGACAGAAAAAGGUCGUUGCUACAACUCAGAUGCAGCCGACAGACGCCAGGAAGGCUUUCCCUUGUUUUGAUGAACCGGCCAUGAAAGCAUUUUUCGACAUCACUCUGAUCCACGACCGAGGAACCGUGGCUCUGUCCAACGGCAGGGAGAAAGAAUCCACCAAUGUCACCAGAGACGGAUGGGAAGUGCAGCAGACUGUUUUUGAGACAACGGAGAAAAUGUCCACUUACCUGCUAGCGUUCAUCGUCAGCGAGUUUGGCUACAUUGGAAACAUGACUGAUAACGUUUUGAUCCGAAUCUUCGCCCGCAAGCCUGCUAUCGAUGCCGGACAAGGAGACUACGCACUCAACAAAACCGGAACCAUCCUGAAGUUCUUCGAGCAAUAUUACAGCUCCGAAUACCCUCUGCCAAAAUCCGAUCAAAUCGCUCUGCCGGACUUUAACGCCGGAGCCAUGGAGAACUGGGGUCUGAUCACAUAUAGAGAGACGGCGCUGCUCUAUGAUGAAAAGUUCUCCUCCAACGGCAACAAGGAGAGAAUUGCUACGAUCAUCGCUCAUGAACUGGCUCACAUGUGGUUUGGAAACCUGGUGACUCUUCGCUGGUGGAACGACUUGUGGCUGAAUGAAGGUUUUGCGUCUUAUGUGGAGUAUCUGGGCGCACAUGAAGCUGAGCCCGACUGGAAUGUGAAAGACCUGAUUGUCCUCAACGACGUCCACAGAGUGUUCGCUGUGGACGCUCUGGCCUCGUCUCACCCUCUGUCCUCCAGAGAAGUAGACAUCCAGAAACCAGCGCAGAUUAGUGAGCUGUUUGAUGCCAUUUCAUACAGCAAGGGAGCGUCUGUUCUAAGAAUGUUGUCGGAUUUCUUGACUGAAGACGUCUUUAAGGAGGGACUCAAGACCUACCUGAAGGAAUUUGCUUUUGGGAACGCCGUCUACACCGACCUAUGGAAGCACUUACAAACGGCUGUGGAUGCAAAUGCGUCUGCCGUUGGUCUGAAGGACAGUGUGGAGGACAUCAUGAACACCUGGGUGCUGCAGAUGGGUUUUCCUGUGGUUACCAUCAAUACCACGACUGGUGCCUUGUCCCAGAAACACUUUCUGCUGGAUCCAGAUUCCAUUGUCACAGCACUGUCACCCUAUAAUUAUGAAUGGAUCGUUCCGAUCAGGUGGAUGAUGAAUGGAGCCAAGCCACAGGAGCCGUACUGGCUGAGGAAGAAAUCAGCGACACACGAUGCAAUGAAAACAUCGCAGUGGUUGUUGGCCAACCUGGACGUGGUGGGUUACUACAGGGUGAACUAUGAUGAUGAAAACUGGAACAGACUCGUGGAUGCUCUGAACACCGAUCAUAAGGUUAUUCCAGUGAUCAACAGAGCUCAGCUGGUGGACGACACCUUCAACCUGGCCAGAGCAAAGAUCAUCCCGACAGUUCUGGCGCUCAGAACCACCGAGUACCUGAACAAAGAGCGGGACUACAUGCCAUGGAGCUCCGCCAUUGGAAACCUGGACUUCUUCUACCUGAUGUUCGACCGCAGUGAGGUUUACGGCCCCAUGCAGAAAUACUUACAGAGAAAGGUCACAGAUCUUUUUUAUCACUACGGGAACUUGACUGACACUUGGAAAACAGUUCCUGACAAACACAUGGACCAGUACAAUCAGGUGAACGCCAUCAGUCUGGCCUGCAGAACUGGACUGGACGAGUGUCAAACUCUGGUCAAGAAUUGGUUUAAACAGUGGAUGACGAGCAAGAAGAACACGAUCCACGCCAACCUGCGUUCCACUGUGUACUGCAACGCCAUCGCAGCAGGGGGCGCUGAAGAGUGGCAGUUUGCCUGGGAGCAGUUUGAGAACGCCACGAUCGCCAGCGAAGCAGAGAAACUGCGAUCUGCGUUAGCCUGCACCAAACAACCGUGGCUGCUCAACAGGUACCUGGAGUACACUCUGGAUCCAGACCGGAUCAGGAAGCAGGACGCCACGUCCACCAUCGUCUACAUAGCCAACAACGUGGUGGGUCAGCCUCUGGCGUGGGACUUUGUGCGAGAUCGCUGGUCGUACAUUUUCUCAGAAUACGGCGGAGGAUCCUUCUCCUUCUCCAACCUCAUCAACGGAGUCACCAAACGCUUCUCCACCGAGUUUGAGCUCAAACAGCUGAAGCAGUUUAAGGAGGAAAACUCAGAUGUGGGUUUUGGCUCCGGGACGCUGGCAGUGGAUCAGUCCAUCGAGCGAACCAUCGCCAACAUGAAAUGGAUCGCAGAUAACAAACAGAGCGUUCUGGAGUGGUUCCAUAGUGCUGUCAAUAGAUAGAAAAUUGAGAAAUUAAUUAAUUAUGAUCUGUAAUUAAUUGAUCUUAUUAACCUCUUUUUUUAAUCUUACCCUAAAAAUACUGACAAAAGCCCUUAACUUGAUGUCUUUUCUUUUAAAUCCAUUAUUACAUUAUUGUGGCAGAUCAAAUGAUUGAUAUAUAACAAAAAGUGGCUUUAUAAAGUAAUUUAUUGUUUUAACAAACUUGGCUAACAAACUUGGCUCGCUAAAUUGUUAACGUCUUCGCUGCUAACAUUAGCUGUGGCUGCACUUGCGACUGUGUACUUUGCAUUGACGUAGUAAGCUAAACUUAAGCUAACUUCUUCUAUCACUUUACCUUUAUUAAUGGUUUUUGAAAUGUAAAUGUCGCAUUCAUUGGGAGGAGAACUCUCACAUGGUCCUCCAUGUUCGUGGCUCCUCACCCUGCCCGCCAAACACAAUGACAGCACAUGUCCAUUGUUUUCAAACCCCAACAACUCAAACACAAGAAGCCCAACACAUAAAAACAGAUUUUAUAAAAAAGCAACUCGCUGAGAUUAAUGCGAUUAAAAAACAUAACACCCUUAAUAUGACUGUAAUUAAUUAGUCGCAAUUAACGCGAUAAUUUGACACCCCUAAUAAAACCAAAGAUUAACGGCCAAAGAAGCUGCGUACUUGCCCUUUAUUUAUAUCAUGUGUUUUUUCAUGUGUGAGGAUUUGAAGAUGUCUGUUUUUUACUCCUUUAAAUCACUUUAAAAACGAAUCCACUUUAUCACUGACAUCGUCCUGAUGACAAUCUUCUGUGUUAUUAGUUUUAAUCGAAAUCUUCUCUGUCUUUUCAUUUAUAAUCAUAAUUCAGUUAUUAUUUUUAUAUCAUUUAUUCAAUUUACUACAUUUUUAUACUUUUCUCUGUAAAUGAGGUUUUUCUGUGAAUUCAAAAGUGGAGGUUUCACAUGUCUCUUAUUAUGUCACAAUAAAAAACGAUUUGUGAUGUAAA